AUGAUUCGAUCAUCGGACACUGUUCAGGAAAACCAUCACAAUGGUGGCAGCGCCUUUGAGAUAGACCACAGACUUCGCGAAGAUUUUCAUACGGAAACAUCAGUAGGUCGAGUUAAUGAGCACUGCGAUCAAAUCCUCUGUUCUGGUGAGGAAGGAGAACUUUUGACGGAUAUCGUCGAUGUGGCUGAUGAAGUUGAAAUUAAACCUACCUCUUCUGUCGAAUGGAAUAAUUCAGUUUUACACGAACGGAAGAAUCUUGCACCGGCUACAGUGCUUAAAACCAGCGACUUUCUCAGAAGUCGGCCACAAUUAUUCGUCGGCACUGGUCAGUCUAUAAGUGCUCGAGAAUGCAGCUCGCUUCAAUGGGGAGACCCAGGUGAUUUUCCUGGCUCUUCUACUGGAUCGCAAACUGUACCUGGAAUGAAGUCACUUUUCAAAAUGUAUGGUGAAGUGGCUGUCCGCAAGGCUGCUCAUGCGGAUCUUCUUCGUUGUGACUAUGAAAUGACGGAAGGAGGCGAAGAUAGCAUAUCAGCUUCAUACCCGGGUGCUGAACAUGUUUUAGAAGUCCCCUUAGAUGAUGAGUCUGGAAAUUCGGAUUUUUUUGCAUUGGAUCCUGGUCAAAUUUAUAGUAAAAGGAAACAGCUGAUUCAUAAACAUCAGAGGUGGCCUUUGUACUGGGAUCGACCUAUCGAUUUCCAGGAAGCAUCUUAUAUUUUGACUGGUGCUGUGCCUGUGCAAGAAAGUAAAGUGUGUAAUAGCAUUCCGCAAGGCUUCCGUGGAGAAGGCACUUUCGUUGUGAACUGUGAAAAUCUUCAUCGAACUUAUUGUAACCAUGAUGGUUUAGGUUCGUGGGGAAGACCUACUGGACGAAAUCGGUACUAUGGCAACUCUAGUAAUGGAGUGUUCACACGAAUGGACGAUGGUCGUGGAAAUUUGCUUCCACAAGCAAAAUAUAUUUGGAAAUGUAUGAUGCGAAGAUACGAACAUCCUGUGACGGUUAACGUGAACGGUGGACAAAAUCGUUUCAUUAAGAAGAUUUACUCCGCCUUAUAUCCACCUGAGCGCAAGGAAGUGAUAUCAUUUAUUGUAAUUACAUACGAAUGGAUUGGCGAGCCGUUCGAUUUUAGAGUUAUUCCUAUACCCGUGAAAAAUCGAAGAGAUGGACCGCCAGUUCCGCACCCACCUCCAGGAUCGAAAGACUGGCAGGCAGCAUCGUUCCAAGGAGGCGCAAUGGCUGCUCUUCCCGCCACAUGUUCCGCUUAUUUUGGUGAUUGUCCUUUAUAUGCAGUUGGAGCGAUUGAUUUUAAUGCUGCCGCUUCCAUUAUUUUGGGAGGAACCGUUGUGGAGCCAUCGAAAAUAUGUAACCGAGUUCCACAGGGGUAUCGCGACUGCGGAACAUUCGUGAUUGACCUGUGCAAUUUUGUCACGGAUGCCGAGUUGAGAAGAGACGAUAACGGCUGCUGGGGUAAACCCGCUGGAAACUCUAGAUACUAUAAAAUUGAUUCUGAUACUGGCGAUGCUGUGCGUGUAGAUCGUGGGUGUAAACUCAUAGAAGGAGCCGAAUACGAUGUGCAGAUUCUGUCGAAGCGUUAUGAACAUCCGUCUGUAAACGGAAGAUUUGUCCGUAAAAUUUAUACUGGAAGGAGUCCAGCAAAAAGCAGGAUUUACGAGGCUUGUAUGAUGUUGGCUGUGAUGACGUAUUAUUGGAAAGGAGAACCGGAAUAUUUUGAAGCGGGUCCUCAGAGAAGGGUGAGGGUGCCUGAAGGAGCUGAACGUGAACGCCCCAUGAACUCCAUAUAUUCAACUCAACCCAUGCAAUCACUUUCUUCAGAUCGAAAUUCUCCUCCAUUGAAACGCUUUCGUAGAGACAUGGACGAGGGAGCAUCUAGUGAAAGUACUCAUACUGUCAUGUAUAGGACUGAAUAUGAGUUACAGGAAAGACAAGCAAGAUUAUUGGAUCGUUUUGAAGCAUUCAUGGAUAGAAUGGAGCGAAUUAGUAUGUGCCUUCCACAAAUUCAAGAAUCUGACCAACAAGUAUGGUUAACUGAAGCUUCUCAUGGAGACGAAGUAGCCCACGAGGAGGAAAUAAUGUUGGAAGAUGGAAUCUAUAAUGAAGAAUACGUAUCCAAUAUUUCAUGA